ACUUUGUUGACAUCCAAAAUAAGCAACGCUACAAGUAAUUCUUAAAGAAAAUAUAAAAAUGUCCCGCAAAGAAGCUCUUUCUCAGUUUAUAAACCAAAUACAUGGUCGCCCAGUGGCCGUCAAAUUGAAUAAUGGUGUAGAUUACAGAGGUGUGCUGGCCUGUCUUGAUGGGUACAUGAACAUCGCGCUGGACCAGACGGAGGAGUAUGUUAACGGACAGCUGAAGAAUAAAUACGGCGAUGCGUUCAUUCGCGGCAACAACGUGCUUUACAUAUCCACACAAAAACGUCGAGUGUAAACUUAGAUUUAUUUUAUAAAUACACUAAAAAAAACUA